AUGAGUCAUCAUAGUACUCCACAUUUACAUAAUAAGAAGACGCCUGGGGGUGUUGGUGCCGAUAAUGGACCUAGCGCAUCAACAUCCGCAAAUAAAGGGCCGAUGGACUCGAAUACAAGUAUCAGUGAUUCACAGGCUGCGAAUGCGAAGCAGCUCUUGAAUGCUUACGUGUAUGACUUUCUUAUUAAGAGCAGACUUCCUCAGACGGCGAGAAUUUUUGUCAACGAGGCAGAGGUUCCGUCUAUUCAAAAUAGCUCGGCGAGCUCGAAUAACAAUUCACCGCAUCAGGUGAGUACGGGUAAUACAAAGGGCCCUUCUAGUGUGUCUACACCCCAUACACCCAGUGGUGUUUCCCAACAGUUUCCGAAGGAAAAUAACUUGCCUUGUUUGGCGUUGGCAAUGGAAGCACCGCAGGGGUUUUUGUUCGAAUGGUGGCUGGUAUUCUGGGACGUCUUACAAGCGAAGAAUAAUAAAGGCGGAUCGCAGUUGGCGGCGCAAUACUACCAGUCGCAGAUGUUAAAGCAAAGACAGCAGCAGGACCUUCAAGGGUUGAAUGUUCAGCCUAAUAUGUUCGGACCCGCAACCGGACAAAUUCAACAGCAAAUGCAACAGCAGCAAAAGUCAUCGAUAGACCAACAACAAAUUCCGCAACAAUUCAACCCCCAACAGCAACAGUUGGAUCCACAACAACAGCAACAACGUUACAUGAUGCAAAUGAUGAUGAAACAACAACAAAUGUCCAUGGGUGGUAAUCCUGUGGAUCCUCAGCAGCAGCAGAUGUUUGGUAAUAUGCCACCAAAUAACAAUCUUACUUUGCAACAGAGAAUGUUCAUCACCCAGCAACAGCAGCAGCAAUCACAGAAUAGGAUGCAACAACACGCACAGAACCAAAUGAAUAAUUUGCGUCAACAAGCUGUCGCAGCUCAACAUCAACAUCCACAACAACAACCCGCCCCUGGACAACAGAAUUCACAAGACGCCUCGAGUCAUAGUUCGCCGUCUAACGUUCCAAGAAUGAAUCCCCAAAUAGCUCAAGCCCAGAAUGGCGUUCAACCAUUUCAACAGGCUCAACAACCUAUGGUAAAUGGCAAUGGACAAGCGCAAGCUACGUUUGGUCAGCCCCAGACUCAAAUGGGAAUCAGAAUGAAUAGUAAUGGCAAGCCUUCUGUUCCUGCAAACCAUGGCGACAAUAUGUCGAUUGCAAAUCCAAACUCUAACGAUAAUGGGGCUCCGGCCAAUCGUAAUAUGAAUGCCCUUCAAGAUUAUCAGAUGCAAUUAAUGUUACUUGAGAAGCAAAACAAGAAACGACUUGAUAUAGCAAGGAAUAAUGGUACUGCGGAUCCCAAUGGAUUAAUGGCCUUAAACUCAGGUAUAAUGCCACCCCAAGCACAAUUGCAACAACAUGCGAAUUCUCAAAAUCAAAAUGCUUCACCUGCUGCGAUCGUAAAUUCUCCCGUUGUUAAUAGUAGGCCUUCACCAACGGCUAAUAAUGCUGCUACAGUCGCCAAAAGAAAGAAAGAUCCACCGGCUAAAAGAGGUAGGAAGCCAAGCGCAACUUCGGUUCCUACGAAUGCAAAAGCUGGUAAUGCAAAUAGUAAUGCUGCAAGUGCUACAAAUAAUCCUCCCAAUAAUAGCAAUAAUGCCCCAGUAUUCAAAAAGGAGUAUUCUGCACCACUUACUCCUGCUUCAGAAUCAGCCAAUGAUGCGGUUUCUAAGAGAAAGCGUAGAAAUACAUCUACUACCGAAUCACCAAACAAACAGAGUGUAACUAAAAAUACUGCUAGCAAGGAAAAACCUAUUCCAGAAGAGCCUUCCAAGGACAAGAAGAACGAUGAUAUUCUUCCUGCAACUAGCUCGUCGUUUCAAGAUCAACCCAAUGAUCAAAUAUUUCCAGUGGAAAUACUUGGAGGGAAUAACAAUAAUGAUAACCACCUUUUUGGUGCUCCAAUGAACAACGGUGGAUUAGAUGACAUUGAUUUUGAUUUCAACCAAUUUUUGGAUGGAAGUGGUGAUAAUUCAUUAAACGAUGGAAUGAACGGAUUUAACUGGGGAAGUGUGGAUGCGAUUGAAAAUGGUGAUUAA